ACCCUGUUCUGUCAAAACGUUUCAGUUUCAGGCGUUUUGGAAAUUUACUAUUUACAAAAUUUGUAACUAUUUAUAGGUUUUUUAUAUAUAGUUUGUAAUUAUUUUUACAAAAUACGAUAAACAAAAAUAUUAUAAGUGUGUUUUCUACCUUAAAAAAGUAGCAUUGCAGUAGUUCGUAGUCAUGGAUUUUCAAAACAGACCCGGUGGAAAAACCGGAGGAGGCGGUGUCGCCUCUUGGUCGGAGAGUAAUCGCGAUCGACGAGAACGUCUCCGACAAUUGGCUCUCGAAACAAUUGAUCUCAAUAAGGAUCCGUACUUUAUGAAAAAUCACCUUGGCUCCUAUGAAUGUAAACUAUGUCUCACUCUUCACAAUAACGAAGGCAGUUAUCUGGCUCACACUCAGGGCAAAAAACAUCAAGCAAAUUUAGCGAGAAGAGCCGCUAAAGAAGCCAAGGAAGCACCACAGACAUUAGCUCCCGAGAAACCUCGCGUCGAGCCGAAAAAAUUCGUCAAAAUCGGAAGACCCGGCUAUCGAGUAACAAAACAACGAGAUCCCGAAUCCGGACAGCAGAGUCUAUUGUUUCAAGUCGAUUAUCCAGAAGUUGCUGACAACAUUUGCCCCAGACAUCGAUUCAUGUCGGCCUACGAGCAGAGAGUCGAACCUCCCGAUCGUAAAUGGCAAUAUUUAUUAUUCGCCGCCGAGCCCUAUGAGACUAUUGCCUUCAAGGUACCGAGUAGAGAAGUGGAGAAAGCGGAGGGUAAAUUUUGGACCCAUUGGAAUAAGGAUACUAAACAAUUUUUCCUGCAAUUUGCCUUUAAGAAUGAGAAGCCUACAGUUGGAAAAGUACCACCACCGCCGGUACCUUUAAUUCGACCGGGAUUGGGACCUCAAAUGAUGCCUGUUCCACCACCUCCACGACCGCCAAUGUUUAAUCCUGUACCUCCACCUCCUUCAGUAUUAACAGGAGGAAUGGCCAUUCCACCACCUCCUCCGCAUCUCGUUUAAAUUUUAUAAUUUUUUUUCCUUCUUUCUUGGGACACAAUGUGAAUGAAUUGUAUAAAAACUGAGUGUGAAUUAUGAAUUAAAAAAUAUUGUCAAUUAACGAAUGUUAAUGUUAUUUGCCUCAUAAAAUAUUAAAUUACCACGAAUUCUAAUAAAAAACGAUCAAAUUUUUCUAUUUCUAACAA